GUCAGUCAGAACAGAAUGUGCUCCAUACAAGAGACAUGAGCAUGUGGAUGCUCCCUAGAUUUGCAUAACAGGCAAGGUUAGAUAUGAAUGAAAGCAUGGCCAAAGGGUUUUUUCUGUGCCUGCUGCUUUGGCUGCUUGUACCUGCGGCCAGAUGCCAGAACAGAAGACCGUCUGGAGAAACACUGAACCUCACCACAAAUCAGGACAAUGAGUUAGUAUGCACACUAGAGAUCGCGUUCAUCCUGGACAGCUCAGAGAGUGCGAAGGGCCUUCUGUUCGAUCGAGAGAAAGCGUUUGUGCGCUCCUUCAGCAAGCGGGUGGCACAGAUGCAGGUGUCCGACUGGCAUCUGAAAACCCGUAUGGCACUCAUCUACUACAGCAGCUCAGUCCAUAUCGACCAGCACUUCAAAGACUGGCAGGAGCUUGACGUCUUCCUGAGCAGAUUGGCAGACGCCAUCUACAUCGGCCAGGGAACGUACUCCACAUACGCCAUAUCCAACGCCACUCAACUCUUCACCAGCGAGACCAAGGAGCAAAGUGUGAGGGUCGCCCUGCUCAUGACCGACGGCAUCGACCAUCCGCGGAAUCCUGACAUCAUGACGGCGGUCGCCGAGGCCAAAGGCCACAACAUUAAGAUCUUCACAAUUGGCUUAUCAAACUUGGCAAAGGACAACGUGAACAGUGCCAAACUGCGGGUCGUAGCGAGCAGCCCAGCGCAGCAGUACUCCCACAGCCUCACUGACCCCAAACUGGAGGAACGGCUCCUGCAGCAGCUCGAAAUAAUUGCAAAGAAUGAAUGUCCACGGCCACCAGUGUGUUUGUGUGAGAAAGGUGAACGCGGUCCUCCAGGAGCUCCUGGUAAAAAAGGAGAGCAAGGUUAUGAAGGAGCACCUGGUCAAAAAGGCUCAAGGGGGGAAACAGGAGCAUCCGGUCUUCCAGGAAUCAACGGUCCAGAGGGAAGACCUGGGUUCAAAGGUGAUAAGGGAGAUCAAGGUAACUGUGGACCACCAGGACAAAAGGGACAUAAGGGCACCGAAGGGCCUCCAGGGCCGAGGGGCCCCAGAGGAGAGCAGGGUCUGAAAGGGCUUGCAGGAGACCAGGGACAUGAGGGUCCAGCAGGACCUAAAGGUGAUCGAGGGCCGAUUGGUGCAUCUGGCCCACCGGGAGAUAUUGGAGUGGGAUUUCCUGGUCCAAAGGGAGACAAAGGGAACCCAGGAAGACCAGGUCUUCCUGGUCAGAUCGGCAUAGGUCAGCCAGGACAACCUGGUCCUCCAGGUUUACCAGGAGCACAUGGGAACCCAGGAGCUCCAGGCGAAGGACUUCCUGGGCCCAAGGGUGACCGUGGAUAUGUCGGUGCUACAGGUGGACGUGGAGCCCCAGGUUAUGGAAUUAAAGGUGAAAAGGGCGAUGCAGGACCUACUGGAUCACCUGGACCAUUAGGAAUGCCUGGCAGGGGGAUUCAAGGAGAGAAAGGGAAUCAGGGACCAGCUGGUCCUACUGGUCAAAGAGGGUAUCCUGGGACAGGACUCACGGGACCAAAGGGAGAACAGGGUUUCCCUGGAGAACGUGGAGCCCCUGGAGAAAGAGGAAUUGGAGAACCAGGACCCAAAGGUGAACCUGGGUUACGAGGUUUACCUGGUGAGGCAGGUGUACCAGGAGAAGAUGGAGCCAUGGGAGCAAAGGGUAAUAUAGGCUUACCAGGACCCAAAGGACAAGACGGACCUCCAGGAAGAGGCAUGCCUGGAGAGAAGGGGGUUCGAGGGGAGAGGGGCUCCCGAGGCCUACCAGGACCAUUGGGACCAGUUGGGCCAGCAGGGGCAAAGGGAGAACCAGGGAAUGUUGGAGUUCCAGGUGUUUCUGGGCCUCCAGGACAGGGCAUACCAGGACCUAAGGGAGAUCCAGGGCCGGUUGGUCCACCAAGUCCUGCAGGAGAACCAGGGAUAGGCAUUGCAGGGCCGAAGGGUGAAAUAGGGUUACGAGGACCCAUUGGACCUCCAGGGCUGAGGGGAGAAGGCUAUCCCGGCCUACCUGGGCCACCAGGUCUGCCAGGUCUUACAGGAGAGACUGGGCCAGAGGGAACAGGUUUACCUGGACCAAAGGGGGAUCGAGGCCCUCCAGGUUCCCCAGGGCCUGCUGGAGCACCAGGUCUUGGGCAAGUGGGCCCAAAGGGCUCCAUUGGUCAGACUGGUCCAGCUGGUCCUCCAGGAUUACCAGGAGAGGGCAUACAAGGACCAAAGGGUGAUCCUGGAUAUCAGGGUUUACAGGGGCCAAGAGGGCUUCCUGGAGACGGUCUGCCGGGGCAGAAGGGGGAUCGUGGGUUACACGGAGCACAAGGACAUAAAGGAGACAGAGGAAGCCAGGGAGGACCAGGAUCUACUGGACCACCGGGUAAUACAGGAACAAAGGGAGAACCUGGUCUCACGAGAGAGGAAAUAAUCAGCUUAAUCCGAUCUAUUUGUGGCUGUGGCCGGAUUUGCAGAGUGCGGCCUCUGGAGCUGGUGUUUGUGAUUGACAGCUCUGAGAGCGUCGGCCCAGAAAACUUUGAGGUCAUUAAAGACUUUGUGAACACCUUGAUCGACCGCGUGUCAGUCAGUCCAGAGGUCACGCGUGUCGGCGUGGUUCUCUACAGCCACAUUAACCUGGUGAUCACAAGCAUACAAGAGCGCUUAAGUCGUGAUGAAGUGAAAGCAGCCGUGCGCAGGAUGCCCUACAUUGGGGAGGGCACUUACACAGGAAGUGGCAUCAGAAAGGCCAAUGAGAUCUUCCGCUUUGCUCGGCGCGGUGUGAGGAAAGUGGCUGUGGUUAUUACGGACGGCCAGACGGAUCACCGGGACACGGUGAAGCUGGAGGAUGCGGUCAGAGAGGCCCAUUCAGCCAAUAUCACCAUGUUGGCUAUAGGGGUGGUGAAUCAAAGCGACCCCAUCUAUGAUGAUUUUAAGCAGGAGCUGAAGUCAAUAGCGUCGCCACCCACUGAAGAGCACGUGUUUUCCAUAGAGGACUUCAGAAUGCUUCCUGAAGUGGAAAGUAAACUGCUUCAAGAGAUCUGUGAGAACACUGAUGGAUCGAUAUUCAGCACUACCUCCAAGUUUUGA